AUGUUCUCCUUCUCUGCAAUCAGGACAAUGGACGAGCGAUACAGAGAGGACCUCGCAGUUUACAGCGGGACUGCCUUGCGGGAAAACCAACCAGGGCGCGGCGAUCACGACGACCUCCUCGUCCACGGGAUCCGACAUUCCAAAGGCUUCGCCAUGUCCUCAGAAGUCACCAAUGUCUGCUCGAAGAGCGAUCGGUAUGCCAGGGCUCGCAACGCCCGUCUCAUCAUGAGCAACAUCGUUCCAGACAUGACUUCCCAGGCAGUGAAGCCCUACUGCAUUUGGUAUCCCGACGUUGCCACCGAGGACACCUAUCGCGAGCCUGUCCGCCGCUACCCAGAGAUGCGAUAUCAGGCCGGCCGAGCCUGUGCCGUCGCAGGAUACAAAAAGCUGUACGACGAACUCGACCUGCUGCCGGAUAUCUCAAUUGCCGAGGAUGCCCGGGACAAUGGCCACACCGACAUCUUUGAGGCUAUUGUUGGUCAACACGUGCGAUAUGCUGUCAUGGACGACUACACCCGAUCCGUUGACCUACAGAACCCGCGACCGGGAGCUUAUCUUAACGGAGACACCGCUGUCCGAUCUUCUUUACAACCACAUACAACCGCUGAAGAGAUAGAAGCUGCCUCUGAGAAGGAGUUCGCAUUACGAUGUUGGCCCGACCACUACUUUGAUAUUCAAGAAGACGCCAAUGCUGGUCCCUAUAAGUGGCCACUGCCUGGAUGCGCCGACUUACAAGACGGGGACAUCGACCUGCUUCACAAGCCCCUCCCAAGAGACUUACCGCCCCUCAACAAAGACAUUUUGGUCCUCAUGGCCGCCUGGGACGGCAACAUCGACCGCUACGCUCGCCUACGACGCCCAGUCACCAUCCCCAAUGAGGUCUCAGCUGUUGUGCGCGGGGCCUACCAUCACACGCCAUUUGCGAGGUGGCUCGAAACAUGCGUCGACGAAAUUUUCUCCUGCGACUCCGACAACAGCCUCGUGCGUCAAGCAUGCCUCGCGAGAUUCAUCAUGGACGACGAUCUCUCCCGUAUCGACAGUGAGGUCAGAGGCGAAGACCUUCCCGAAUUCUUCUGGUGGCCUCACUUUCCACAUGAGGAGACCCUGCGCGAGCUAGCGUGGCGCCGACCUGACUUAGAACACCAAGUCACGCUCGCCUGCGUUGUCGGGAACUACCGAGCUCUUUUCCUCCAAAUUUCUGACCGUAUGAAACCGACGCAGCAACAAUGGGAAGCUGCGAUUCUGUCUCCAAACCACUUCUACCGGGAGCAUCUCGAGCACCGUGCCAAAGAAGAGGGGGUCGAGUUGCAUCGGGGUAUUGAUUUCAACAUGCGGCACGGUCAACCGUGGCCCCAUGAGUCCGUCUGGAGCAAAGACUACCUGCGACCGAACAAGGAGUUAUAUAGAGGCGACUAUGCGUUGACGAUGUCGGUUGAGCUCGUCAAUACGCCCGAUGACCACAGCGAGGACUGGGAAGAAGACUGGAGCCCACCCGAGGGAAAUCUUCUCAACUAUCACAUGCACCUGCAGAUGGGCGCCUGGCAGCGACUGAUCAGUGCCACUGAUAGAAGGAGGCAAGAAGCGAAAGCCAAAGGGGAAAUUCGUCUGUAUACAACGGAGGAGGAUCGGAAACGCCGAACACGACCACCUCCCCAGCCAAAGUUCCCGAAAACGUCGGUAAUUCCUGGUUAG